AUGACAGUAUAUCCAGAAGCAAACUUACGAGAAUGCAUUCUCAUGUCAAUGAAACCAGACAUGGAUGCAAAAAGAGUCGCGGAGAAACAACUUGAGGAGAUCAGCAGGAACCCUAGCUUCUUAACUGCGCUGUUGCACUUAUCAGCAAAGGACCAAGAGCCAGCUGUUAGAAUGUUUGCAGCUUCGUAUUUCAGAAGAUACUUGGAAAAGUUUUGGAGCUUGGAGGGAUUUGACAAGCACAGCAUUAUUAAGGAGCUUCCAGGGAUUCUCCUCAGCUCGUCCAAGGACGGGGAGAAGCAUCUUCUUGCCGCGUUGCAGUUUAUCCUGAAGGAGGAGCAGGCGGAUCAGUGGGCUCCGAUUAUGGAGAAGGUCAGCGCGUUCAUAGCGAGCAGCGAGAAAAGAGCCGUGGAGGUCGGGCUGAAAAUUCUGAACAGGGUGAUCAUUGCUUUCGUGGAGGAGUACAAGGCAGAGAAGGAGUUUGAGAUGAUUUUUGACACGCUCGGAGUCCCGAUUCUCUCCAUUUUGGCAAACGCCGCGAAAGAAGGAGACGCGGAAACGGCAGGGCUCGCCAUGAAGGUGUUUGGGCACUCGUGCGAGAGCUACAUGAUUCCGAACGCGUUCAAAACCCCGCAGUUCGUCCAGAACCUGAUCUCAGUGAUUGAAAUGACCAUAAACACGCUGUACAAGUUCGUGGCGCCUGUUAAGUGGUCGCUGGUCGUGCUGAACGGCCUCCUCAAGAAGACCCGGAAGAAGAAGGACCUCCCGGCAUUCGCCAUAUUCGAGAGGAAAGAGGUUUUGGAGGUGCUCUACGGGAACGCAGUCAGAAUUCUCGACAUGUACACGCAGACAAAGGCCUCAGAGAGAGUGGAGGCACAGGCGUUCGACCUCAUCAGAAAUGUCGUUGGAAAGCCUGCUGGGUGGGAGAUCGUUAAAAGAGACGCACUUUCAAUUGUAACGCGGUUCAUACUCCCCGCAGUCUCCCUCACAGAGACGAUGGAAAGCUCCUGGGAGGCGUGCCAGAUAGACUUCAUGCGAGAGAUAGAGGCGCAGUACACAAAGAACGCAGACACAAUAGCCAGCGAGCUGUUUUUGGAUAUUGUGAAGAAGGCGGGAGGCACGGGGGAGAGCAGCGCCCUCAUUGUCAGCACACUCCUCAGAGAAGUCGCAGGAUACCCCGCACAGGAGGCAGUCCGCCUGAGGUUUGGAGGACUCGUGCUCCUGAAGGUCGCUGGAAAAUACUUCAGCAAGAACCAGGACGCAAUGAACAUGGUUAUUAGCGAUAUUUCAGCACCGCACGCAAUUAUACAGUACGCAGCUUUCUCCACGCUGCAGCACUUCAGCUACUACGUGGACAUGCCUGCAGCAGCACUGAGGCCGUUCCUCGCAGGAGUCGAGUCGCCGGAGAUUGGGGUGUCCGUUGAGAGCAUUCUCUGCCUCCCAAACAUCCUCGCAAACGAAGAGAUGAGGCAGUGCUUGCGCGCAUCAAUCCCGAACUUUGUGAAGCUGCUGCUGGACCUUGCAAAUAAGGUGCAGAUUGAGGCACUGGCGACAGCACUUGAGGACGUUAUUGUGCUGUGCACGGAGGAAACCCUGCAGUUUGCCCCGGGAAUUGUUCAGGCAAUAUGCGCGUCAGUCAUACAGCUGCUUGGAGACGCAGAGGACGACAGCGGAGAGGGCGAGCCAGAGGAAAAGUACGAAGUCCUCGAUGGAUACGUCAGAACAAUAACCACGCUGAUUGAGGCGCUGGAAAAGAACCCGGAGGGAAUCAGGGCGCUGAUAGAGCCGGUUAUAAAAAUGACCGUUCAGGUCGGAAGCACGCACCCGGACUUUUUCCCGGACUUGUUCUCGCUUUUGGUCGUGGCCUCGUACACGAUGAAGUCCGUGGACGGGAUGUUUGAGGCGCUGGAUGUGAUGCUGAAGCUGCCGGGGGAUACGCUGGCCAUCUACAUCAGCGAAGUCUCGGCAGUGCUCGACAACUUCAUCACGUACGGAUGCGAGAAAAUGUGCGCGUACGUAGAGCCAAUUUUUGCCAUUCUCAGGGAUAUGAUGCAGGGCGUGAUACUGGAGUACGACUUCCCGUACCUGUGCAGGAUACUCGAGAGCAUUCUCCUGAAUAUGGGACACCUCCUCGGGAAUGGAUUUGGCACAGUUAUUGAGGCAUCGAUUCAGCUGGUUCUCUCCGAUAAGGAGAUGCUGGAGACGCCAGUGUCCCUGAUUUCGGCAGUUGAGGUGCUUUUGUGCUCGGUCAUUGUCAUGCCCGGGUUCUCGGUGAAUGUCUUGCAGAAGGGGGGGCACGUGGCGUUCCUCAUGGACACUAUUAAGGCAGAGCACAAGAAGUUUGAAAGAGUCCACGACCUUAAGCUUCUGCUUCUCUUCUCGGGAAUGAUGCUGUCCCAGGGCGAGGGAACACUCCCGGCGCAGAUGCAGGGAGACCUGCUCGUGAGCGUGUUUGCCUUUGCGAUUAAGGGAAUGCCGGCAGCACUUGCCAGGAGAGAGGCCCUCAAGAGAGAGGACGAGUACAAUGAGGACGAGGAAAGCUACGGGGGAAUGGAGUGCUUCGAUGAGGACCCUUCGUUUGAGACGCCUUUGGACAGAAUUGACCCGUUCAACUACGCUAAGGGCGUGUGCAACUCGGCGCCAGGCACAGUUAUGCAUGCAGCCUGGAUGGGGCUCCCAGAGAAAGAGAGAAUGGAGAUCUUCAAUGUUAUUCAAAAAAAGUGA